GGGAAGGACUGAUUGAUUCUUAAAACACCAGCACGCCUUUCUCUUAUUCUCUUUUCUCCAGAGUUUGUUGCUGUUCCAACUCUUGAAGAUCGUGCCUGCUGUGAAAUUGGAUCUCAAUUGGGAUCCAGCAUCUUGAAGGCAAUAAAACGGUUCAGGCAGCUUUUUUGUCUUCAGACAAGAAGACAAGACAAGACAAGACAAGUGUGCGUUUGCAUUAUAGUACCAUGCCAUAAACAGCAAGUGCAAUUUGUUGUUGGUGCUGUUGCUGCAUGGUGGUUCACUUCUUUAGCUAUCAGAAUAUCAGAUUGGAUCAACUGCAUUACAGUGUUACAGUUUCUCAUAAUCAAGCGCGAGUAAUUGCCAGGAAUCGCUGCGGGUCUUUCUCCGGAUCCCAUUAUCCUGAGAAUGGAGCCCAAGUGGUCAUUGACCAGAAGAUAAAGGACAUCCAGGACUUGAUUUGCUGACAGAUCUCUGGAGAGUCUCCGAGGGCCCAUAGGGAUUGCCCUGGAACCUUCGGACAAGGGAAAGCACCUCUGACCACUGACAAAAGUGACCGGACUGGUUGUAGAUUUUAAUAGAACAGCAAAGAGAUUUUUAAUCCACCUGCAGCCACCCCAGAACAAUGGAAAGACAAACAGUAAUCGUUGCACUGAUCCUUUUUACCUUCUCCAGUGUGGUUUCUCCUGACGGUGGCAUCAAAAAAGAGGCUAAGAGCAAGACUGAGCAUUACAGGCACCCGCGUUCCCCUGAACCUACAACCCAGUCGACUCAACCCACGGGGAAAUGCUCCUACACGUUUAUCGUCCCCCAGCAAAAGAUCACAGGAGCGAUCUGCCUGAGCACCAGAAACCCAGAAGACAGCAGCGCGGUGAAUAAAACGGAGCUUGAGGACCUCAGACUGGAGCUGAGCCAGCAACAGAGGCAGAUUGAGCACCUCAAGCAGCUGGUGGAAGUGGACGGAAGCCUCCUGAACGAGGUGAAGUUUCUGCGCAAGGAGAGCCGUAACAUGAACUCCCGGGUGACCCAGCUCUACACCCAGCUCCUCCACGAGAUCAUCCAGAAGAAGGACCAGGCGCUGGAGGCCACCCAGCUGGAGAACCGGCUCCUCAACGCCACUGCUCAGGUCCUCAGGGUCUCUGCGAACUACCGGGAGCUGGAGACCAAGUAUGAAGCCCUGGCCUCGCUCCUAAACAACCACAGUCUCGCCAUCGCUCACCUGGAGAAGCGGUGCCAGCUCGGAGCCAACGCAGUGCCCACGCACGGGACACAGACACAGCAGAGUUACGUCUUGCCUCCUCAAGUUCAAGUGGUUCCUCUCAGCCCCGUCAGCACCCAGAACCGGAGUCAGAACCAGGGGGAGUCGAGCAAUGAGAUCCAGAGGGACCAGACAGACAAACAGACCCAGGAGAGCCGCCAGUGGCAGGCCGUUGAACCUCCCCCUGCAUCAUCGAUCAAUACUCCCACCGAACACCCAUUCUUCAGCUCUGCAGAGACCAAGACUCCAGGGCCGUGGCGGGAUUGCAGACACGUCUUGGCGGAGGGUGGCAGCGCCAGCGGGAUCUACCUGAUCAGGCCACGCAACGUGAACAGGCUCCUGCAGCUGUGGUGUGAGCAGAGCCACGCCGACGGGGGCUGGGCCGUCAUUCAGAGGAGGCAGGAUGGCUCUGUCAACUUCUUCAGGACCUGGGAGCACUACAAGCAAGGCUUCGGGAACAUCGACGGGGAGUACUGGCUGGGUCUGGAGAACCUGUACUGGCUUACCACCCAGGAGGACUACAAGCUGCUGGUCCUGAUGGAGGACUGGCAGGGGCAGCAGGUGCACGCGGAGUACGACAGCUUCCGCGUGGAGCCAGAGAGCGACUCGUACCGCCUGCGGCUGGGUCACUACCAGGGCGACGCUGGGGACUCGCUGUCCUGGCACAACAACAAGGCCUUCACUACGCUGGAUAGAGACCGCGACGCCUACACCGGUAACUGUGCCCAUUACCAGAAGGGGGGCUGGUGGUACCACAUGUGUGCCCAUUCAAACCUCAACGGGGUGUGGUACAAGGGCGGGCACUACCGGAGCCGCUACCAGGAUGGAGUCUACUGGGCGGAGUUUCGCGGAGGCUCUUACUCUCUGAAGAAGGUCACCAUGAUGAUAAAGCCCAUACAACACAGAGGACUGGACUGAGCCCUGUGCAAGCCACAGUCCACAGCUUUUCUUUCUUUCCGUAGUCUUUUCUUUGGCGAUUUUUUAUUAUCCUCAGGAAAGUGAUUUGUACCUGUGCACCACUUCGCUUGCAGAACCAUUUCAUAAACUGUUUGCUCCUGGUUACAACAAUCCCAAGGCUGGUGGCUGUUUGACCACCACCUCUCUCUCCCCACACGUUACUUUGUUUAAACAUUAUUAAAUAAAAUGACACUUCAAUGCAUUCUGCUACGAGGGCUCUGUGAAAGAUGAGCCAGUUUAUUAUAUAUCUGCCUAAGGGGUCAAACACAUAAUUGGACGUGAGAGAGUACUGUUCAAAUACUAGCAAAAACGGUGUGAUGCAUUUGUAUGUUUUACACAAAUAAAAAUGUUUUAAAGUAA